CCGCAGCUAAAAUGUCGGCGAUCGCGGCUCUGGCUUCCUAUGGCACCGGCAGCGACAGCGGGAAUGAUUCUGACGGGGAUUGCGGAGAGGUUCCUUGCAGGGAUGCCCUGGUUCACUUACAGGCCCUUGACUCCGGGAAGUCGAUGUCAGUGGCUUUGAACUCGGCGCCCGAGGUCGCCGUAAAGGAAGAUGUGGAGACAGGAGUUCACCUUGACCCAUUCCUGAAGGAAGUCACAUUCAAUCCAUUGUAUGAAACUAUGUUUGCACCAGAGUUUGGACCAGUGAACCCUUUCAAGACACAGCAGAUGGCUGCCCCUAGAAAUAUGCUGUCUGGAUAUGCUGAACCUGCCCAUAUUAAUGACUUCAGGUUUGAGGAGCAAAGAAGGACCUUUCACACCUAUGGUUAUGCUUUGGAUCCAACAUUAGACCACAGUGAAGUUCCAGCAGGGGACACAUAUAUUGGUAGUGUUGAAGAUGCUGAAAAGAAUCAAGGACUUACAGUAUUUGAAUCUGGUAAAAAGAAAUCAGAAAAGCGCAAAAAGUUAAAAGAAGCAGACCCAGCAAAUAUUGAAGGCUUUCAAGGACCUUGGGCAAAGUAUGUCGAUGAAAAGGAUGUGGCCAAGCCUUCAGAGGAAGAACAGAAAGAACUUGAUGAGAUCAUCGCAAAGAGGCAGAAGAAGGGCAAACAAGACGAUGAAAAACCUGCAGAAGAGAAAACAAUCCUUCACAUCAAAGAUAUGUAUGACUAUCAAGGCAGAUCAUAUUUGCACAUUCCUCAGGACCUUGGAGUCAAUUUACGAUCUGAUCAACCACCAGAGAAGUGUUACCUCCCUAAGAAGCAGAUGCACGUAUGGGCUGGACAUACUAAGGGCGUCAGUGCUAUUCGACUAUUUCCAAAAUCUGGUCACCUGCUUUUGUCCUGUUCCAUGGACUGUAAAAUCAAGCUUUGGGAAGUUUACAAUGACCGCAGAUGUAUUCGAACAUUCAUUGGUCAUAGUAAAGCUGUGCGAGAUAUCUGUUUCAAUAAUGAUGGCAAGCAGUUCCUCAGUGCUGCUUAUGACCGCUACCUUAAACUCUGGGAUUCCGAGACAGGGAAAUGUAUUGCCAGGUUUUCUAAUCGAAAGGUCCCAUACUGUGUUAAGUUUAAUCCUGAUGAAGAUAAGCAGCAUCUGUUUGUGGCUGGAAUGUCGGACAAGAAAAUUGUCCAGUGGGACAUUCGAUCUGAAGAGAUUGUGCAGGAGUAUGACAGGCAUCUGGGAGCUGUUAACACAAUCACAUUUGUGGAUGAAAACAGGCGAUUUGUGAGUACAUCUGAUGACAAGAGCCUUCGAGUAUGGGAAUGGGAUAUUCCUGUGGACUUCAAAUACAUUGCUGAGCCAAGUAUGCACUCCAUGCCUGCAGUGACAUUGUCACCCAAUGGAAAAUGGCUGGCAUGUCAAUCGAUGGAUAACCAAAUUCUAAUCUUUGGAGCUCAAAACAGAUUCCGAUUGAACAAGAAAAAGAUCUUUAAGGGCCACAUGGUGGCAGGUUAUGCUUGUCAAGUGGAUUUCUCACCUGACAUGAGUUAUGUUGCCUCGGGUGAUGCCGAUGGAAAACUGAACAUCUGGGAUUGGAAGACAACCAAACUUUACAGUCGAAUCAAAGCACAUGAUAAAGUUUGCAUUAGUGCAAUCUGGCAUCCCCAUGAAACAUCAAAAGUCAUCACAUGUGGUUGGGACGGACAGAUCAAGUUGUGGGACUGAUGGGAUUUCCUGGAAUUACCUGGCAUCUGGACUCUUGAGAUAUUGUCUUCAAAUUCGUUGAGAAGUGCUUUUAGAUACGUUCUAAGUGACUGAAGCAACUGACAUUCUCAAGGAAUAUUGGAUGUGUAUUAGAUUGAAGGCUCAGGAUGCAAGAAUACCCAUCUGCUUCUUUUAUAAACUUGAGUCAUCUUAAACAAUCAACAAACUAUUCAGUACUACCUUAUUCUCUCAUUAUUUAUUAAGAAUUUGUGCUAUUGAGGAAAAAAAAUUGAGUGAUUACAAAUUGGAAGGAACAAGAUAAACGAUAUUUUUGAACACAGCUUUAAAGUCUUCCUGUGCAAAGAACUGUGCUAAUAUACAGUGCUUCUGUUGGGCCAAAUCAGUUAAAGGUCGCUCAGAGGAAUGUGGCAUCUUCAAAGAACCUUGUGUUACAACUCUGUUCAUAGUAUUGUCUGUUAUUAAUUGGAAAAUAGAUAAUGUCUUCAAACCUAUUAAUUAAAAAGGACAUGCAAUUCUAAAAUGGUUAGUUUCUGAGGGGUACUAUUAGAGCACCACCAAUUACAGAAACAAGUCAUUGUCUUUCUUGUCAAGGGAUGUGAUCUUGAUUGCAUCUCAUUAAUAAGAUUGACCUUUCUUCAAAUAUAUUGCUCAACUAUUCAAAAUUGUUCAAACUAUUAAUUGAUUCAGAACUAAUAUUUGCCCUCUGGUCACAAUUUUGCUACAAAAUAUUUUUUCUAUUGUUCAGCCUGUUUCUAUUGUGAGAUUUAAUGUAGUCCUAAUUACAAUCCUGCAUAUUUGCCCUUCGAUAUAAUUGCAAACAUUUACACAGUAGUGGGGUAUAGAAAACUGGUAAUCAAACUGCCUGCCCUUGUAGUCUGAAACAAAGACAGUUUUGCAGAUGCUGGAAAUCUAAAGUAUCAAUGGAAAAUAUGGGAAAUACUCAGCAGGUCAAGUUGCUCGCAAAAGGCAAAUAGCAUUUACUCUUAAUGUGGAUUGAAAGAGGUUACAUGAGCUUUUCUAGCUGUGAUGUUUAUUUUCUGACUUAAAAUGUUAACUACUCUUGCUCUAUUAAUAUUACUUAACAGCUUGAGUAUUUCCAGCAUUUUCUGUGUCGGUAAUUUCUAUGACAGAGUGCGGGUUGAACCAGAAGGAAAAAUAUCAAGCACCUUGGUGUAUGUGGAAGGAGUUUAAACAGAACUCAGAGAUACUGGUAGCUACAGGUCUCCAACAAGAGUAUUUCCAUUAUUUUUAUGCUGAAUUAAUAAGAAUUUAUUUUUUGACAUUGGUGACCUGCCCUGAUUUAACAGUAAACAGAAUUCAAAGGGUCUUUUUAUGCAAUGUUUUUUGUUGUUUUGUGCAUUCUAAUAAAUGGACUUUUCUAUGCUAUUAUUUGUA